AUGGUCGACAUGGCCAACCUCACCGGGAGCUUCGUCUCACCAUCGGCGGAUGCGACGGUCUCGCCCCAACUUUUCGCGCCGGCCGGUCUCGUUGCCUCCAUAUUGGAUGGCUUCACUAUCUGGAAGGGCCUGUUGACUUUCUUGGUUGCCGCUGUCAUCUAUGACCAGUUCAAGUACCACUACCUCAAGGGUGCAAUUGUUGGCCCUAUGUACAAGAUCCCCUUUAUGGGCCCGUUCCUCCAAUCAGUCAACCCCAAAUUCACCGAAUAUAAGGCCAAAUGGGACAGCGGAGAGCUCAGCUGUGUAUCUGUCUUCCACAAGUUCGUCGUCAUUGCGUCGACUCGUGAUAUGUCCCGGAAAAUCUUCAACUCGCCCACCUAUGUCAAGCCCUGUGUAGUGGACGCCGCGCACAAGCUUCUCGGCAAGACCAACUGGGUCUUCUUGGACGGUAAGGCCCAUGUGGAUUACCGCAAGGGUCUGAACGGAUUGUUCACUCGCCAGGCUCUGGCCAUGUACCUUCCCCGUGCUGAGGAGGUCUUCAACUCCUACAAUCAGCGCUUCCUCGAGAAGUCCGCCGCCACCAACUACACCCCGACCCCCUGGAUGUCCGAGUUCCGUGAGCUCAUGUGUGCUCUGUCUUGCCGUACCUUUGUCGGUUACUACAUCACUGAUGAGGGUGUCCAGAAAAUUGCCGAUGACUACUAUCUGAUCACUGCCGCCCUUGAGCUGGUUAACUUCCCUAUCAUCCUUCCCUACACUAAGACCUGGUACGGCAAGAAGGCCGCCGAUAUGGUGCUUAUGGAGUUCACCAAGUGUGCUGCCAAGUCCAAGGCCCGCAUGGCUGCCGGCGGCGAGAUCUCUUGUAUCAUGGACGCCUGGGUUAAGGCCCAGCUGGAUUCCGCCGCGUACCGCGAGAAGAUUGAGAAGGGAAUCCAGGUCGAUUCUUCAGAGAAGCCCAGCCAGGUUCUUCGUGAAUUCUCCGACUAUGAAAUUGCCCAGACUAUCUUCACCUUCCUGUUCGCUUCUCAAGAUGCAACCAGUGCCGCCUCCACCUGGUUGUUCCAGCUGAUGGCCGAUCGCCCCGAGAUCCUGGACAAGGUCCGUGAGGAGAACCUUAAAAUCCGUAACGGAGACACUGCGCUACCGUCCCCUGUCAUCAUGGUUCCCUACUUGGUCAAGAAGGACUUCCCUAUCAGCGAGACUGUCACCGUCUCCAAGGGCUCUAUGAUCAUUCCCUCCGUGUGGCCCGCAUGCCACGACGAGGAGGCUUACCCCAACGCCGACUCGUUCGAUCCAGACCGCUGGAUCACCGGUACCGCUGAGCAGCAGACCAAGAACUGGCUGGUCUUCGGUACAGGUCCCCACUACUGUCUGGGCCAGACCUACGCUCAACUUUCUCUGAUGUCCAUGAUUGGAAAGGCCAGCAUGGUGAUGGACUGGGAGCACACCCCUACCCCAGAGUCGGAGGAUAUCAAGGUGUUUGCUACUAUCUUCCCUCAGGAUGACUGUCUUCUUACAUUCCGGCCCGUGCUUAAAUUCUCGUCUUUUGUACAAAAACCAAAACGAAGCCGGAACCCAGCCCCAUUUUCUGGACAGAGGAGGGCUUGGUUACGUUGA